AUGGCCGCCCCUGCUGUCACCGCUGAUACUCGUCCUGAGGAGCCCAUCACCAUUCCCGCCGACCGGGAUGGUGUCGCUUACCUUUACGGUCACCCAUUGCUGAACUCCCUGUCGCCUCCUCUGCACCAGACUGUCUACAAUGCUCUGGGCCUCAACUGGACUCAGAUUCCUCUGUCCAGCGUUACCGGCACAUCCGAAACCUACCCUCCUCCUUACACAGUCUCUCCCCCGAUCGAGAAGUACAUGGCCUCGAUCCGCUCCAACCCUAAGUUCGUCGGCUCGUCCGUGACGAUGCCCCACAAGGUCGCCAUCAUGCCUCACCUGGAUGACCUGACUGAGCACGCCCGGCAGGCCGGUGCUUGCAACACCAUCUUCCUGCGCGACGACCCCGCCACCGGCAAGCAGCAGUACGUCGGUACCAACACCGACUGUGAUGGUGUCCGUGAGGCUCUUCUCCAGAACUCUCCUAACCCCGAGAACUUCCGCGGCCGGCCCGCUCUCAUCAUCGGUGGUGGUGGUACUGCCCGCACUGCUAUCUACGUUAUGCGCCGCUGGCUCGGCUCCAGCGCUAUCUACGUCGUUAACCGCGACGCCGCCGAGGUUGAGGCUAUCCUUGCCGAGGACCGUCAGCGUAACCCUGACCCUACCGCUCAGGCUCCUCUCAUCCACGUCACUGAUCCCGCUGAGGCUGCUCGCCUUGAGGCUCCUGCCGCUAUUGUCUCCGGUAUCCCCAACUACCCUCCCAAGAGCCCCGAGGAGCUGAAUGCUCGUGCCGUUAUUCAGGCUUUCCUCGGCACUGCGGCUACUGCCGACAAGCAGGAGGGUGUCAUCCUUGAGAUGUGCUACCACCCCGUUCCCUGGACUGAGAUCGCCAAGCUGGCCUCUGCUGGUGGCUGGAAGGUCAUUCUCGGCUCCGAGGCUCUGAUCUGGCAGGGUCUGGAGCAGGCUCGUCUCUGGACUGGCAAGGAUAUCAUUGGUACUCCUGGUCUGGUGCAGCUCGUCAAGGAUACUCUUUACAAGAUUAUCGCUGACCGCCAAGAGAACAAGCCCAGCCUGUGA